GUCCUCCGGCGUCUAGAGCUGCCAUGUGGCGCGCGCCGGAAGCGGCCCUGCGGCCGGAAGUGGGCCUAGAGCGCCGCGGGCCCGAGAUGAAGCCGGCGGUGGACGAGAUGUUCCCUGAGGGCGCCGGGCCUUACGUGGACCUGGACGAGGCGGGAGGCAGCACCGGGCUCUUGAUGGACUUGGCAGCCAAUGAAAAGGCCGUUCAUGCAGACUUUUUUAAUGAUUUUGAAGAUCUUUUCGAUGAUGAUGACAUCCAGUGAGAUGACCUCUGGCUGCAGGCGGGGCCAGGCCCUUGGUACAGAGUCGCAGUGUGAGCCUGCGCAGGACAGUUUCAGGUGGUUUUAAAGAACACGUGGAAAUCCCUUGAAUUUAGGACCUGGUUAACCAAGAAAGAUAAAAAUGUUCUUCACCACCUAGAUGAGGCUGUUCGUCUCUGAACAUGACCACGUUGUGUCCUCACUCCAAUUAAAAGAAAGCAACGUCA